AUGGCCGCCUACGGUGCCGGCAAUGGCGCGCCAUCGCCUCGAUCUUUUGCCGUACAGCACCAGCGACCAAAGGAUAGCUUCGUCGGCUGCUCCAAGAUCACAGACUACGAACUUCUCCACAAGCUUGGUGAAGGUACCUUUGGCGAAGUCCACAAGGCACGAUCGAAAAGCAGUGGCAGCUUGGUGGCCCUGAAGAAAAUCAUCAUGCACAAUGAGAAAGACGGGUUCCCUAUAACGGCUCUCCGAGAAAUCAAGUUGCUAAAACUGCUCUCGCAUAAAAAUGUCCUUCGUCUCGAUGCUAUGGCUGUCGAGCAUCACACAAAGAGCACCGAUAAGCGAAAACGACCCAUCAUGUACAUGGUUAUGCCUUACAUGGACCACGACUUGUCUGGCCUUUUGGAAAAUCCAAGUGUCACAUUCACCGUCCCUCAGAUCAAGUGCUACCUCAAGCAGCUACUACAAGGAUUGCAAUACCUUCAUGAAAAUCACAUCCUCCAUCGAGAUAUGAAGGCUGCCAACUUGCUUAUCAGCAACAAGGGCAUACUUCAAAUCGCCGACUUUGGUCUCGCCAGACAUUACGACGGCCAGGUUCCCGUUCCAGGUGGAGGCGGAGGUGAGGGCAAGAGAGAAUACACGGCACUUGUUGUGACGAGAUGGUACCGACCUCCCGAGCUGCUCAUGAACCUCAGAAGAUACACGACAGCGAUUGAUAUGUGGGGUGUUGGUUGUGUCUUUGGCGAGAUGUUGGUUGGUAAGCCCAUCCUGUCUGGCGAAAGCGAUAUGCACCAAUUGGAGAUCAUUUUUGAUCUCUGCGGCACACCUACCGAUCAAAACAUGCCUGGCUGGAGAACAUUGCCGGGUGGUGAGAACAUGAAUUCGCGACCGCGAACUGGAAACCUGUCUACGCGAUUCAGAGACCAUGGCGGACAGGCCAUUUCAUUACUGAAAGAGCUCUUGAUGCUUGAUUGGCGAGCACGCAUCAAUGCUGUGGAUGCCCUUGAGCACGCCUAUUUCAAGUCGGCACCGUAUCCUGCUAAACCAGAGGACAUUCCAUUCUACGAGGACAGCCACGAGUUGGAUCGUAGAAAGUUCCAAGCUCAAAAGGCUGCUCUGCCUCCAGCACCACGUGGAGGUACUGUCGGUGUAGGUCCCUACGAGGGUCCGCAAGGUUAUGCCAGUGGGGAUGGAUAUGGCAACGCGCGUAUGAACGGAAGACAUCAGAACCACCAUGGCUCAAGAAACGGCGGCCAUAAUGAUAGAAGACCUGCUUGGAACCGGGAACGUGAUCAUCCACCCCCUGAUACUAGGUUGCCUCCACGGCCCCCGCCACCAGAGAACGGAUAUGAUGACUUUCCUGAGUACCGCGAUCGGGACCGUCCACCUAGGAAUCGCGGCGGGCCUGCUGGUGCAAGUGGUGGUAGCAACAUGGAUACCUAUAUUCCUACUUACAAUCCGGGCCACGCCGGUCAUGGCCGAGACCGUCCGCCUAGAGAGGAUCGCCCUCUCCGUGAUGAUCGACGCAGGCGCGAUGAUCGAGAUGACUGGCGACAUGACAGGGACCGCACCGAUCGCGUGAGGGACUAUGACGAUCGAGGUCGAGCAAGCCGGACUCGUAGUAGAAGUCGAUCUCCGAUCAGGGACCGAGAGCGAGAGUCGUACCGCCGAUAG